AUGUAUCGCUUUCUACUGUCUUCGUCGCUACUCGUAGGAUGUGUAUGGGCAGGAGCUGUGGACUUGAACUGUACGAUAUAUGAAGGUGGUGCCCUCAAGAUGAUCCUCUGUGGUUGUGCUUCGAUCAGUACUCUUUUCAGUUCGCUCCAUCGGCAACAAAUUGUCAAGAUAAAUUGUCGACCUGCGAAUUGUGCCGCUCUAUACGGUGCGGCAGCGGUUGCAGGCCAGCCCGUAAAUCGAGAUGUAAAAUGCGGAGGAGACACAGCGAUAGAUCCCCAACUAGUUCAAGCGGCUGUUGAUCUGUGUCCAAAGCAUUGUGGCUAUUGCUGCCUCACUCCAGCAUUUUUAUGUCAUGACAAACUGCAGCCGCGAAUACCGUGCUCGUCAGUUACGCAGGCAAUGUGCGAAAGUAUUGCCUGGAAGAACAUUCUUCAAGAGGACUGCCCAAAAACCUGCGGCUUCUGCGAUACAGGUAACUGCGUCGAUACAGCACCUGGUUGCAACCUGGAUGGUGGUAUCAUUUGUCAGAGCAGAGACUCUGGAACCUUUGCACGGCAAUAUUGCAAGAAGACAUGCGGAUACUGUCAAGACGCGACUGUAGCACCAGGUUGGUCAUUUGUAAGGCUGCACAUUUCAAUAUUU